AUGCAGACUAGUGCUUAUAGCUGCAAUGCAGCGUCUCUCUAUGUAGGGGACCUCCGAACCGAGAUCACUGAGGCGAUGCUGUAUGAAAGGUUCGGUCCUGUCGGGAACAUACUGUCCAUCAGAGUGUGCAGAGACAAGAUCACCCGCCAGUCACUCGGCUAUGCUUAUAUCAACUUUCAGCAGCCGGCGGACGCGGAACGUGCCCUCGAUACAAUGAACUUUGAAGACAUGAAGGGCAAACCUAUGCGCAUUAUGUGGUGUCAGCGCGACCCGUCCCUACGAAAGAGCGGGGUUGGCAAUGUUUUUAUCAAAAACCUGGAGAAAUCCAUUGACAGUAAAUUGCUGUAUGAUACAUUUUCGGCUUUUGGCAAUAUCCUAUCAUGUAAGGUCGUAUGUGAUGAAAAUGGAUCUAAAGGCUACGGGUUUGUACAUUUCGAGACCCAGGAAUCGUCCCAGAAUGCCAUUAAUUCGUUGAAUGGUAUGAUCUUAAAUGACCAGAAAGUGUUCAUCGGAUAUUUCAAGUCCCGCAAAGAACGAGAACCUGAGCUUGUUGCCAGAGCGAUGUUCACAAAUCUUUACAUCAAGAACUUUGGGGAAAAUAUGGAUGACGAACGGCUCAGGGAACUGUUCAACAAAUACGGGCCUACACUGAGUGUGAAAGUUAUGACUGAUGAUAGCGGGAAGUCCAAGGGAUUCGGCUUUGUCAGCUUUGAGAAACAUGAGGAUGCACUAAGAGCUGUGGAUGAAAUGAACGGAAAGAAUGUGAAUGGUAGGUCCAUUUACGUUGGAAGAGCCCAGAAGAAAUCCGAAAGGCAAGCGGAUCUCAGGAGGAAGUUUGAACAAAUAAAGCAGGAACGCAUCACCAGAACGCAGGGCGUCAACCUCUACAUUAAAAAUCUUGCGGAUUGCAUUGACGACAAGCGGCUACAUCAAGCAUUUUCCCACUUUGGUAUCAUCACCAGUGCAAAGGUCAUGAUGGAUGGUGGACGCAGCAAAGGGUUUGGUUUCGUCUGUUUCUCCUCCCCCAACGAGGCCGCAAAAGCUGUCACAGAGAUGAACGGGAGGAUCAUAGCCUCCAAGCCCUUGUAUGUCGCCUUGGCGCAACGCAAAAAGGAUCGUCAAGCUAAUCUGGCCACUCAGUUCAUGCAGAAGAUGGAUCAUGUCCGAAUGGUAGUGAACCCGGUCACUAACACCUACCAGGCACUGCCACCCAACUAUAUGGCACCUGUUACACAGGCCCAGAACCACACUGUAUACUACCCAGCCGGACAGAUGGCACAGGCUAUGCCAAGUCCUAGCUGGACAACCCAAGGUAUGUGUUCAAUGCAUUCGUUCCAGAAUAUACCAAGAGCAAUCAGACUAGCGGCUCCCAGAUUAUCAACCUACGACACAAUGAGGCCCGCUCCUUCCGCCCCCCACGUUGUAUCAGUUCAACGAGUGGCCAAAACAACACAACAAACACUGGCACCUCAACCCACAGCUGCAGCGGUUGCCAGUUCUUCUGUCAUGUGCUCUGCUCCUCAGUAUCAGUAUACCGCAGCAGUGGUUGCUCCUCAGCAGCCCCUUAUUAUUCAGCCACAGGUUGCUGUGCAGCAGCCAGCUGUCAUUCAGGAAGAAUCACCAGCUACCUCCAUAUUGGCCCCUGCUCCUUCAGGCGACCAAAAACAAAUGCUGGGGGAACGGCUCUUCUGUCUAAUUCAAACCAUGCUCCCUUCGCUGGCAGCGAAAAUCACAGGCAUGUUGCUGGAGCUGGAUAAUUUGGACGUUCUCCACAUGCUCGAGUCACCAGAAUUUCUCCGUUCUAAGGUGGAUGAAGCUGUUGCUGUUCUUCAAGACCAUGAAGCUAAGCAAGUGGUGCACCAAGUCAUGAACAACGCUGCAGUAGUGGCAGCCGUCUAACAUGCCUCCGAGUUGUAGC